CCGGGGCUUCGGGGGCGGCGGUGGUGUCGGGGAAGACGACAACGAGAGUAGGGCUCCACGCGGAGGGGCACUACGGCCAUGACUGCGGAGCUGCAGCAGGACGACGCGGCGGGGGCGGCGGACGGCCAUGGCUCGAGCUGCCAGAUGCUGUUAAAUCAGCUGCGAGAAAUCACGGGCAUCCAGGACCCUUCCUUUCUUCAUGAAGCUUUGAAGGCCAGUAAUGGUGACAUCACCCAGGCUGUCAGCCUUCUCACAGACCAAAGAGUUAAGGAACCUAGUCACGACACAACUGCUACAGAACCAUCUGAAGUAGAAGAGAGUGCUACCAGCAAAGAUCUCCUAGCAAAAGUGAUAGACCUCACUCACGACAACAAAGAUGACCUUCAGGCAGCCAUUGCUUUGAGUCUCCUGGAGUCUCCUAACAUUCAAACUGACAACAGAGAUCUUAAUAGAACGCAUGAAGCUAACACUGCAGAAACUAAACGCUCAAAGAGAAAACGCUGUGAAGUUUGGGGAGAAAACCACAAUCCCAAUAACUGGAGGAGAGUGGAUGGCUGGCCGGUUGGGCUGAAAAACGUUGGCAAUACAUGUUGGUUCAGUGCUGUUAUUCAGUCUCUCUUUCAGUUGCCUGAAUUUCGAAGACUUGUUCUCAGUUAUAGCCUGCCACAGAACAUCCUUGAAAAUUGUCGAAGUCACACUGAAAAAAGAAAUAUCAUGUUUAUGCAAGAGCUUCAGUAUUUAUUUGCUCUGUUGUUGGGAUCAAAUCGAAAAUUUGUAGAUCCUUCUGCAGCUCUGGAUCUACUAAAAGGGGCCUUCCGAUCAUCUGAGGAGCAACAGCAAGAUGUGAGUGAAUUCACGCACAAGCUCCUGGAUUGGCUGGAGGAUGCGUUCCAGCUAGCUGUUAAUGUUAACAACAAUCUCAGGAAUAAAUCUGAAAACCCCAUGGUGCAGCUAUUCUACGGUACUUUCCUGACAGAAGGAGUCCGAGAAGGAAAGCCCUUUUGUAACAAUGAGACCUUCGGCCAGUACCCUCUUCAGGUGAACGGUUACCACAACUUAGAUGAGUGUUUGGAAGGGGCCAUGGUGGAAGGUGACAUCGCGCUGCUUCCCUCUGAUGGUGCAGUGAAGUACGGACAGGAGCGUUGGUUUACAAAGCUGCCUCCAGUGUUGACCUUCGAACUCUCUAGAUUUGAGUUUAAUCAGUCUCUUGGGCAGCCUGAGAAGAUUCAUAAUAAGCUGGAAUUUCCUCAGAUUAUCUAUAUGGAUAGGUACAUGUAUAAGAGCAAAGAGCUUAUCCGAAGUAAGAGAGAAAAUAUUCGGAGGUUGAAGGAGGAAAUACAAGUUCUGCAGCAAAAAUUAGAAAGGUAUGUGAAGUACGGCUCGGGCCCAUCUCGGUUCCCACUCCCCGACAUGUUGAAAUACGUUAUUGAAUUUGCCAGUACAAAGCCCGCCUCUGAGAGCUGUCUGUCUGCUGGUGCUGAGCACAGGACAUUACCACUUCCUUCAGUGCACUGCCCAGUUUCUGACCUCACAUCCAAGAAAGGUUCAAGUCCCGAAAGCUGCUCUCGGGAUACUGAAAGUACCUUCUCUCCGGACGAUGCUCUACCUAACUCUGAGGUACUGAGUGGGCCAUUGACCUCUCCUCACUCUUCCCUGGAAAUGCCUGCACCCCCAGCUCCUCGGACAGUCACAGAUGAGGAGAUGAAUUUCGUUAAGACCUGUCUUCAGAGGUGGCGGAGUGAAAUUGAACAGGAUAUACAAGACUUAAAGAAUUGUAUCUCGAGCACCACACAGGCUAUUGAGCAGAUGUACUGUGAUCCUCUUCUUCGUCAGGUGCCUUAUCGCUUACAUGCAGUUCUUGUUCAUGAAGGACAAGCCAGUGCAGGACACUACUGGGCAUACAUCUACAACCAGCCCCGACAGAUCUGGCUCAAAUACAAUGAUAUCUCUGUUACUGAGUCUUCCUGGGAGGAACUUGAAAGAGAUUCUUAUGGGGGCCUGAGAAAUGUCAGCGCGUACUGCUUGAUGUAUAUCAAUGACAAGUUGCCCCACUUCAAUGCAGAGGUAGCUCCUAAUGAAUCUGAUCAGACUGCGGGAGAAGUGGAAGCCCUGUCUGUAGAACUCAGGCAGUACAUUCAGGAAGAUAACUGGAGGUUUGAGCAAGAGGUGGAGGAAUGGGAGGAAGAACAGUCCUGUAAGAUCCCGCAAAUGGAGUCCUCCCCGAACUCUUCCUCACAGGACUUCUCCACAUCACAAGAGUCUUCAGCAGCGUCCUCUCAUGGCGUUCGAUGCUUGUCUUCUGAGCAUGCUGUGAUUGCGAAGGAGCAGACUGCCCAGGCAAUCGCAAACACGGCUCAGGCGUAUGAGAAGAGCGGUGUGGAAGCAGCCUUGAGCGAGCAUAAGGAAGCUGAAUCCGAGAAGCCCCAGGAAACAAACCUUGCAGAGCAGUCAGAGCAGGCCUCAGAGGCCAGAGACACAGAGGCUGCUGCCCCACCUAACUCUGAGGUCUCUGAAGUGGAGAUUCCCAGUGUGGGAAGGAUUCUGGUUAGAUCUGAUGCAGAUGGCUAUGAUGAGGAGGUGAUGCUGAGCCCUGCCAUGCAAGGGGUCAUCCUGGCCAUAGCUAAAGCACGCCAGACCUUUGACCGAGAUGGCUCUGAAGCAGGGCUUAUUAAGGCAUUUCAUGAAGAAUACUCCCGGCUCUAUCAGCUUGCCAAAGAGGCACCCACCUCUCACAGUGACCCUCGCCUCCAGCAUGUUCUUGUCUACUUUUUCCAAAAUGAAGCACCCAAGAGGGUGGUAGAACGGACCCUUCUGGAACAGUUUGCGGACAGGAACCUUAGCUAUGAUGAGAGAUCUAUCAGUAUCAUGAAGGUGGCUCAGGCCAAACUGAUGGAAAUUGGUCCAGAUGACAUGAACAUGGAAGAGUAUAAGAGGUGGCAUGAAGAUUAUAGUCUGUUCCGAAAGGUGUCUGUGUACCUUCUAACGGGCCUGGAACUCUUCCAAAAAGGAAAGUACCAGGAAGCAUUGUCCUACCUGGUGUAUGCAUACCAGAGCAACGCUGGCCUGCUGGUGAAGGGGCCCCGCAGGGGCGUGAAGGAGUCUGUGAUUGCUUUGUACCGCAGAAAAUGUCUUCUGGAGCUGAAUGCCAAGGCUGCUUCUCUUUUUGAAACAAAUGACGACCAUUCUGUAACAGAAGGCAUUAAUGUAAUGAAUGAGUUGAUCAUUCCCUGCAUCCACCUGAUCAUUAAUAACGACAUCUCCAAGGAUGACCUUGAUGCCAUUGAGGUCAUGAGGAACCAUUGGUGCUCUUACCUGGGGAAGGAUAUUGCAGAAAAUCUGCAGCUGUGCUUAGGGGAGUUCCUACCCAGGCUUCUGGAUCCUUCUGCAGAAAUCAUCGUCCUAAAGGAGCCUCCAACUAUCAGACCGAAUUCUCCCUAUGAUCUUUGCAGCCGGUUUGCAGCUGUCAUGGAGUCCAUUCAAGGAGUUUCAACAGUUACAGUGAAAUAAGCCGCUCAUGGACCGUCAGCACUCAGUCUGGUCUCUGGUCACCUGCCUGUUACAUGGCAGUCUGUUGCAAAUUCCCCUGGAGAGAGGGAUUGGGUGUCUGAGCAAGACUCAGACCUUCACCCCUCUCAUGAUGUGUGUUUAAGGGAUUAAGGAUAAAGUUGUACAUUUUAGGCACAGGAUCAUGAGAGCUGUUUCACUGAAGGAGGUAGGAGCCAGUGCAUUAAGGCUUUGAAUUAUCCCAGAAGACCUGAAUUGCCUUUGUAAAUCUCCCAUAAUACUUGGGUUUGUCUAAGCCUCAUGCCACUUUUAAAUUACCCUUCAGGCACCAGUCUGACAGCAGAAGGGUGACUCAUCAGAACUGAGCCAGAGGAGCGGUUUCUAGUUAUUUUGUCAAGUUCUGGUGACAUUUAAAAGUCCUUAGCUACUAGAGAUUGGUAAUAGGGGUCUUGCCUGGCUCUUGACAGUGACGAAAGGGAUGCAGGUGAGCCCCGCCUUCCACACAAGGCUGGGACUGAAGGCUGCGCCAUGAAGCCAAGGGAAAAGCUGCCUGCCCUCUUGGUCUGUUUAUAUUUUAGAUAAACCAGAAAACCUCACAUUCAGUCUUGAGUGAAAAAAAGAAAGUAUCCUGGAUUUCGGCCGAGUGCUAGUGUGAAGCCACACAAGGAACAUUUUAAUAGUUAAUGAUCAUUUAAGCAAAAUUGUGAAAAUUAUCAGAAGCAGGUGUCUAAGGCUACCUGGCCUAACAGAAUUUCUCUUCUCUUCUCUUCUCUUCUCUUCUCUUCUCUUCUCUUCUCUUCUCUUCUCUCUCUCUCUCUCU